GCCAACCACGUGUUCCUCUUGGAGCCCUCCCUGGACCCCGCCAUCGAGCAGCAGGCGGUGGCACGUGUGCACCGCAUCGGCCAGACCCGGGAGGUGACGGUCACCCGCCUGCUGGUGGACGGGACGGUGGAGGAGGUCGUCAUGCGGAUGCUCAAG